AUGUUUAAGAAUAAUGUGACUGACCAUAAACUAAGUGUGGAAGCUAUAAUUAAAAACAUUAACACAAUUUCUUUGGAGUUAAAGAAGAUGAAAGAGCUGUCCCAGUUACUGCUUUGUGACCUUACCCUACAUUUUAGUCAUCCUGUAAAGACAGAUGAUGUGAAGAAAACUGAGAGAAACAGUCCCCUCUUUGAAGAGUCUGAAAUGUCAGAUAUAACCGUUGCUUCCAACAGUUUUUAAAUCUGACCUUGUAUUGUGAAUCUAUAACUUUG